CAUAACAAGAGAAACUGGGUCUUUUCACCACUUUAUCUUUAUUAUCGCUCCGAACACGAGGAGAGCUGCGUAUCAAAGUCCUUCCUCUACCUUUGACACUGGACGUAAUAAAAGGAGCCUCAUGAGGACAGCGAUGUUCAGAAGCGCAGUUGCUGCAAACACUGUGCAACACACCAGUGCAACAGAGUGAUCGAUCAUCUCCACAAUGUGGCUCUUGAUUUUCUUAGUCUGGCUGGUUAUAUGGGCCGGCGGCACAUACUGGUAUCUGUUUGGGAAACCGAGCCCCUUCACACUGGAGUCGGUGAGACCUCCUGGACCUCGUGAGUUUGAUCAGAAGAAUCGGGACAAAGUCAUCAAACAAGGUUUCACUCAGGACAAAGUGCCUCAGAAUCUGGAUGUCAUUGUCGUUGGUAGUGGUAUUGGUGGACUGACCGCUGGAGCCACACUGGCCAAAGCAGGGAAGAGAGUCCUGGUGCUGGAGCAGCAUGACCAGGCGGGAGGCUGCUGCCACACCUAUGUCGAGAAAGGCUUUGAAUUCGAUGUUGGUAAGAAGACAUGUGAUGAACUUUAUCUACCUUCUAGAGGAAUCUAA